CUUGGUCUGUAACCCUCAGCACCAUCACGGUCUCUGCUGCCACCAUGCCAAAACACUACUGUGACUACUGCGAUGUGUUCCUGACACACGACUCUGCCUCUGUUCGGAAGGCUCACAACAGCGGACGAAACCAUCUGGCCAACGUUCGGGAUUACUAUGCGUCACUGGGUCACGACAAGGCGCAGAGCAUCAUUGACCAGAUCACAGCUGCAUACGAGAGCGGAAACCCUCCCCCUCCAGGCGGAUUUGGGUUUGGCCCCCAGCACCUGGGUCCCCCUGGCCCUGGCUUUGGGGGUCCUCCCAUGGGUUACGGUGCGCCGCCAUUCGGUGGUCCUCCUCCCUUCGGUCCCGGUCGUCCACCCAUGCCCCCUGGUAUGCAGGGUCCGCCUGGCAUGAUGGGGCCUCCAGGUGCGCCCCCUUUCCCUCCGAACGGUGUUAUGCCUCCUGGGAUGGGUCCUCCAGGUAUGGGUCCGGGUGGAUUCCCGCCAGUGCUCCAGUGCGAUCCAGCAUCGGUCUCCUUCGAAUCCGACAGACCUGUUAUCGCAUCUAAGGAGACACUAGAGGCGUUGGAACGCGCUUCGAAGCAGUUGCACACGCUCCAAACGGUCGCGUUCCCGACGGAGACUGUGUACGGGCUCGGUGCAGUCGCUCUCGAGCCCGACGCGGUCUCCCGUAUCUUCUCCACCAAAGGUCGGCCCCCAGACAACCCGCUCAUCGUCCAUGUAUCCUCGCGCGAGAUGCUGCAUAGAGUGCUCCCCGUGGGCUACACGAUAUCGAGGACUUACCAGGCUCUUAUGGAACGCUUCUGGCCGGGGCCGCUCACUCUCCUCUUCCCGACCGACCCAUCUAUCGUUCCUUCAAUCAUCACGGCGAAUCAGCCCACGGUCGCUGUCCGAAUGCCUUCACACCCGAUCGCGCGGGCCCUCAUCGCACUCGCAGACGCACCUGUGGCUGCACCGAGCGCGAACUCCUCGGGCAAACCGAGCCCCACCAAAGCCGAGCACGUCUAUAACGAUUUGCAGGGGAAGUUGGGCAUCAUCCUGGAUGGGGGAGCGUGUGGGGUGGGGCUAGAGAGCACAGUGGUUGACGGCCUGCAAGCCGAUGGGAACUUGCGCGUUCUGAGGCCGGGAGGGGUGACGGUGGAAGACCUGGAGCGCGUCGUCCGCGAGGACCUCGUAGGCCUGGAUCCUGCACCGAAGGUCCUGGUUCACCGACGCGACUAUAGCGACGAAGCGAUGGAGCAGGCGCCCACCACCCCCGGCAUGAAGUACCGACACUAUUCUCCAAGUGUACCGGUGACAUUGCUACUCACCCAGUCGACUCCUCCUGCUGGGACGCAGCGUAUCCCUCUGAAGACGUUCUUAGACUCCCUCACCGCCGAUACACUGGGUCUGGGACGGCCUCUCCGGAUCGGCGUCCUGUCUCCCUCCGACUCCCUCCUUGCGCCAACGUUAUCGUCGCUCGCUAUUUCUGACGUCGAGUGGAUCGUGCACCCACUGGGUCCCGUCUCUGAGCCAGCCGUCUCCGCUCAUAGGCUGUUCGACGGGCUCCUAUCCCUGGAUAGCGCGAAGGUGGACCACAUCAUCAUCGAAGAGAUACAGGAGGAACGGGAGGGGCUCGCAGUCAUGAACCGCGUGAAGAAGGCCGCCGGAGACUCGGUCUGGAUAGAAGUUUAGUGUUACAUUCGCACCGGUACGCAUAUCUUACUGUUACGAAUAAAUUAUCCAUAAACGCUGCCUGGGCGCGGGAUCCCUU